UAGGCGCAGUUCGUGGGCUGGUGUGCGGGCGUGAGGCGCGUGGGUGGCGGACGCUUCCAGCGGGUGCUGUGGCGGCGGCGCUUCGCUGGCGGGGAUAUUUCAUCGUGGCAGAACAGGCGGCGUCGUACCAUGUGGCAGCCGGUGGUGGGCGAGGCCGAGGGCCGCCUGCCCUGCGCCCGCUCCAAGCACGCCGCCUGCCUGCUGGACGGUGCCAUCUUCGUGCUCGGCGGACGCAACGGCAACCUGCCGCUGCGCGACUUCUGGCGGCUCGAUCUCGACGGGGGCCAGUGGGAGGAGGUGCGCGCCGAGGGCAGCCGGCCGCUGAACCUGCAGGAGCACACGAUGGUGGGCUGGCAGCACCAGCUGUACGUGUUCGGCGGAGAGGUGGGCUUCUCCAGCGGCGCCGAGACGCCUCUCUGGCGCUACGAUACCAAGUCGAACCUGUGGACCAAGCUGUCGUCGAGGCCGACGCCUGCCCGCGGCGGCCAGCGGGCGUCGCCGCCGACCGCCCAGAGGUCACCCAGGGGCCUGCGGGGUCACUCGGCCGUGGUGCACGCCGACGCCAUGUACCUGUACGGCGGCUACCGCGACCUCUUGGGCUCCACCGGUGAACUCUGGCGCUAUGAGUUCGCCUCGGGUCGGUGGGAGGAGCUGCGCACGGGGCCCGGUCCGGCCGAGGGACGCCACGCCCACUCGGCCGUCGUCCACGACAGCGCCAUGUGGGUGUUCGGCGGCAUGACCGACCUGACCGAGCGCGCCGACCUCUGGAAACUCGACCUCGACUCGCUGCUGUGGACGGCGGUGCGGUGGCGCGGCUCUCCGCCGGGCCCGCUGCACGGCCACGCCGCCUGCCGCCUGCUCGCCUGGAUGCUGGUGUACGGCGGCCAGUCGCGUGGCCAAACCACGGCCGAGGUCUGGCGGCUCCACUUCGCCACGGAGACCUGGGAGCGGGUGCCAACGUGCGAGCCGCAGCCGGCGGCGCGCUCGCAGUGCUCGGCCGUGGCCGUCAGCGCGCUGCUACUGCCCGUGAACCUGGCCGGCCGGCAGCAGCCGAGCUACUCAGCUCUGAGCAGCUGCAGCGGCGACAGCGUCGAGAUGCAGCCGAUCGGCCCGUCGCUCACCUCGUCCUCUGAGCUGCCGAAGUCGUACAGCACGCACGCCAUGCCGCCGGUGGAGAUGAGAGUCGGCUGCGGCGGUUUCCCACGUGACCACGUGUCGUACCCGGACCUGCUGGGCGGCGCCGUGCCCGACGGGACGUCCGACUACUCGAGCAUCGAGCACUGCGACAUCACCGGGUACGACAACCCCAACUACGUGGGCUACCGCGUGGCGGCGCUACCGUCGGGUGCCGAGUUUGAGAUGGCGCCACUGUGCCGGUCGCAGGACUCGGGCAUUUCGGAGAGGCCGCGCUCGCGAUCCAGCAGCCCUGUGCGUGACGGCGUUCAGUUGGACCAAACGCUGGUGCCCUACUACCCCGUCUACAUGUACACACUCGGCGGCAGGGAGACGUCGUCCGUCACCCGCUUCAAGCGGCCGCUCUCCGUCUGGCGGUUUCAGCUGGUGUGAGCUGAGACAGCGAGCUUUCCGGCGGAGGCUGCGCACGCGCUGCUUAGUCGCUGCUUGCGCGUCAGUGGUCGGUAUUUGUCGUUAGCGGAGAGCAGGACACCAUUAUGACCCUUAUGUUGUUCGCCGUUGGCCAACCCUUGCUGCGUUAUUGAUCGUGUCGCCUGGCGACAUCGUACAUGAUUUCCUCUGAGACUUCGGUCGUGGUGUUUAGGGUCUGGCAGGCCACCCUGUGCAAGGUGUUAAUUUUUCUACUCACACACGAGUGCCAUCUCCGUUGGGCUUAUCUUUAACUGCUUAUUUGCCUGUCGUUGCAGAUGAGUGAUUGUUGUUCUUCGUUCGUUCCGAUGCGUCGCAUAUGUCCUAAAGCCCUUGUAAAUGCGUGACGAUACAUUGGCCUAAGGAAAUAGUGAAGAGCUUAGCGAUCAGUGGAACAGGUGGGUUAUGCAUAGUGCCGUGUUGGCUGUCCACAUCAGUCUUCCAAUGCUGCCGCCCGUACACCGUUGGAUGCACCAGAACCAAUCCACAUCUGCCUCGCUGGCAAAGUCGUGUUCGAAUUCUCAUGUUUUUUGUUACCGAAGCAGGACCGUCAAACUGAAGAGGCUGUCGUGGGCGCUGCAAUAGCUUUGUGUGAGAACUGCCAGCAAUUGUGAAUGUUGCUUUGUUCGAUGGUGUGUAUACGGAGCGUGUUUGAGUUGGCGUGUUGCAGUGGUGCCGCCGGAUGGCCGGGGCCCGGUGCUGCAGUGGUGCUGCAGGCCAGUCCACAGAUACUCGCAGCCGGGUCGAGAUUCCGCAGCACGAACGUCUGCACGUGCGGCAAAGUGGCGGGCUUCGCCGAACGAGCGUAUGCAAGCACGGCGAAAUGGCGGGCUUCGCAGCAGGGGGGUGCGCGAGCGCGGCGAAAUGGCGGGCUUCUCAGCAUGAGGGUGCGCGAGCGCGGCGAAACGGCCGGCUUCGCGGCAUAAGGGUGCGCGAGCGCGGCGAGAUGGCGGGCUUCGCAGAGCUCAAGCGCGGCAAAAUGGCGAACUUCUCAGCAUAGGGGAGCGCAAGCGCAGCAAAUGCGCGCUUCGGUCCGCCGCAGUCUGGGCUUACCAAUAACUGCUGAACAUGAGCAGCAUUCCUGCUUGACACUGGCCGUGUUUAUCACAGACGCUGCUCUCGUCACCGUGUAGGAGAUACUCAAAGUUCUGAACACAGGCUCGCACGAUGGCAUCUGAGCGCUUAUUUGGAACCCCGUAGCACCUGAGCGCUUAUUUUGAACCCCGUAGCAUCUGAACGCUUAUUUUGAACCCCGUAGCAUCUGAGCGCUUAUUUUGAACCCCGUAGCAUCUGAGCGCUUAUUUGGAACCCCGUAGCACCUGAGCGCUUAUUUGGAACCCCGUAGCACCUGAGCGCUUAUUUGGAACCCCGUAGCACCUGAGCGCUUAUUUGGAACCCCGUAGCAUCUGAGCGCUUAUUUUGAACCCCGUAG